AUGGAGUACGUUAUUAGCUCAUAUAAUUUUACUGUUCUCGUCAAGUUAACCAUUCUUAUCUUCUUCUUCCUACUCGAACAGGGCUCUUCAGUUUCCUUCAGCUGGCCUGACCAAAAUAUGGACGACGACAUUAAAUUGGAGAAGGACACCACCAGAGCCAACGGGGCUCUACAGCUCACAAUGAAUCAAAGAGAUGCUCCUCUAAAUUAUAGUUAUGGUCGAGCCUCGUACAACAAGGAGGUCCAGCUCUGGGAUCCCAAAACAAAACUUGUUACAAGCUUCACUACUCAUUUCUCAUUUGUCAUUGAUGGACUCAACGAAAACAAUAACGGAGAUGGCUUAGCGUUCUUCAUUGCGCCGUUCAAGUCAGAUAUCCCAGAGAAUUCAACUGGCGGAAACCUCGGACUGACAAGCCCGGCAUCUUGGAAUGAUUCGAGUAGUACUAAUCCUUUUGUCGCAGUGGAGUUUGAUACUUAUCGGAAUUUAUGGGAUCCUAGCUCCAAUCAUGUUGGUAUCAAUGUUAAUUCCAUAAUCUCAAGAACAAAUGUCUCACUGAAAACUAACAUGGAAGAUGGAUCUAGAGUGGCAACUGCUUGGGUAAGUUAUAACUCUGCUUCUCAAAACCUAAGUGUGUUUCUCAGUUAUGGUGGUAAUGAUACAGCAAUUGGUGAAAACAUUAGUCUUUCAUACGUAGUAGAUCUGAGGUUCUUGGGAGAAAAGGUAAGAGUUGGUUUCUCUGCAGCUACGGGUAGACUGUUUCAAUUACAUAAAAUUUUGUCGUGGUCAUUUAACUCAACCUUGGAGAUUAGUACUGAUGAUACCAACUCGAGUCCGAGCUUCGAAGCUUAUAAUCCAACCUUGGAAUCUUCCAAGGGGAAACUUAAAAGACAAAAAGUAUCAAAGAUUGGUUUGGGUUUGGUUGUAGGUUUUGCUAUUCUAUGUUGUGGAAUACUAGGUUCGGUAUGGUUCUUGCUUCGGAGAAAUAGAGUUAACAAGGAAGCGGAAGCAGAGGAGGAAGAUUAUGAUGCUUCCAUGGAUGGUGAAUUCGAAAGAGGGGUUGGCCCCAAGAGGUUUACUUAUCACGAGCUAAGGCAGGCAACAAACAACUUUUCCGAAGAUGGGAAGCUUGGAGAGGGAGGCUUUGGAGGUGUCUACAAGGGCUUCUUAAUCGAAUCAAACACUGAAGUUGCUGUUAAGAAGGUGUCUAAAGGAUCAAAGCAGGGGAAGAAAGAGUAUGUUUCCGAGGUAAAAAUUAUAAGUCGUUUAAGACAUAGAAAUUUGGUUCAACUUAUUGGUUGGUGCCACAAAGGAGAUGAGCUCCUUCUUGUCUACGAAUAUUUACCCAAUGGAAGCCUUGACACACACAUAUUUGGUGGGAAGCUCAUUCUACCAUGGGAAAUAAGACAUAAAAUAGCUCUUGGUUUGGCCUCUUCUCUUUUGUAUCUUCACGAAGAAUGGGAACAGUGUGUGGUGCAUAGGGAUAUCAAGUCAAGUAAUGUCAUGUUGGAUUCAAACUUCAAUGCUAAGCUGGGAGACUUUGGGCUAGCAAGGCUAGUUGACCACGAAAUGGGCUUAGACACAACAGUGGUAGCUGGAACAAGAGGUUACCUAGCCCCGGAGUGUUUCACUACCAGCAAGGCUAGCAAGGAGUCCGACGUCUAUAGCUUUGGCGUGGUUGCGCUUGAAAUCUGCUGUGGAAGAAGAUCAGUCGUACUAAAUGAAGAAGAUCCAAAGAAGGUGGUGCUGGUGGAGUGGGUGUGGGAACUCUACGGGAGAGGCCGACUUGUUGAGGCGGUUGACAAGGGACUUGUUAGUAUGGAAUAUUGCAACGAUCGGGAGAUGGAGUGCGUAAUGAUUGUUGGGCUGUGGUGCUGCCAUCCCGAUCCAACAUGUCGGCCAUCUAUAAAGCAAGUGAUGAGUGUUCUUAAUUUUGAAACUGCAUUGCCUAUUCUGCCGCCCAAGUUGCCCGUGCCAAUGUAUGUUAUGCCUCCAUUCAGUAUUACUUCUCUCGAUUCCUGCUCAUUAUUUUCCGUUGUUACAGGGAGUUGUUCCACUGCUUCAACAACUUCAACUAGCUCUACUAAGCCUUUGCUAAAACUUUCUGAUCCUGCUUAA